UUAGCGAUGUGUAUGGAGUGCGAGAGGCAGUUUCGGUUUUGGGUGCCUUUCGCGUAGAGCAGGUUUCUUGCGCACCGCCACACACACCGUCACCGCCGCCCUUGUUUACGGCCCACUUAGAGCCAAUUGUCCGGACUGCGAUAAGAACCGAAUUGAAGAUUAAUCUCAUUGUGAGCUUUGGAGGAAGGAGCCCGCAGCACCCGAGCGUAGGAUGGACGAUAUUGAUAAUAUAAUUCUACACUCGCUACGCCAGAUUGAGUGCGAUCUGGAUGAGGAUAUACAGGGAUUAGACCAGUUCACGCCUUCCAUUUUAGUAAGAACCGUUUCGAAAUGUUUGCUGCUUAUCGAUCCGACGUUAGAGUUGCCAACCUCCUUACCACCGGGGAUGGCACAACGGUUCACCGUGACGGCCCGGCUUGCCGAGGCCUGCACGGCCAUCGGCUACCGGCGAGACAUUGGCUACCAAACGUUUCUCUACUCGAACGUGGCCGAAGUGAGGCGAGUUUUUAUGUUUCUCAUCGAGCAGCUUCCGAAGGAGUCGGGUGACUCGACCACACCGGAGGCGCCAUUUGAUCGGGUGACCGAUCUGGAACAUCGCAUCCUGGAAUCGAUGCGUGAGCAAAUGCGUAGCUCGUGGUCGGGACGGUACUACUCACCGCUCGAUCUGCGCAAAACGGGAGCAGUUUGGGGCCCCACCCGUGCUAGAUCGACCAUUCCUUUCGUGACGCAGAGUGAUGUUACAGCUGAGGUCAAAGAGUACUGGUUGCGCCACAGUGGCCUUUGGGGGGGGACAGUGGACGAAGUGGACCGUGCACUGCCACCGGAUACCAGUACUGCACCGUCGUUAGAUCCCAUCUCGAAGCUGCAAGCUUAUUACGCUCAAAACAAAGCGAAAACUCCGGUUACAGAAGACGAGGAAGUCGCCCUCGGCGCAUGCGAAACAUCCACGGCAAGUCAACUGACGCACCUCGACGGAGAAAUGCAGCAGCUUCGCGCUUCACUCGCGGAAAUGCAAAGCGAAGCACAAACGGUACGCGCAACCGGUGACGUGGUUCGCGACGAAGCGAAAGCUAUCGAGCAGACCGUCGAACGGUUGAAGGAGGAAAAGAAGGUCAAAGAACGGACGCACAUAUUGCUCGAAAAUCCGGAGGUGAAUGUGGCCAAACUCGAGUCGAUAAUAGCGGCAGCGGGCGAGAAGAUGAAAAAACUGCAAAGCCAAUGGGAAGCACACCGGGCCCCGUUGGUGGCAACGUUGGAGGAGCACCGAAUGAAGAACUCCGACAGUGUGAGUAAAUCACAGAAGGUGCAGGAACAAAUAGAAUCGGCACGGCGCAAGUCCGAGGAGGUGAUCGUCGAUCUGCAAACAAAAAGUGCGCUCCAUGCGCGCCUGGUCCAGCAGUACGAAAAGAUCGGCAAAACGGUCAGUCGCACGGCGUACACGGGGCGUAUUCUCGAGAUAAUCGGCAACAUUCGCAAGCAGAAGACGGACAUUGAUAAGAUUCUGCACGACACGCGCAGUUUGCAGAAGGAGAUUAACGCCACCACCGGGCAGCUCGAUCGCCAGUUCACGGUGACAGAUGAUUUGAUCUAUCGGAACGCCAAACGGGACGAGUUUACGAAGCGGGCCUACAUUUUGUUGGUGGCUCUGCACACCGAGUGCAGCGAACUGGUUGCGCUGGUGCAGGAAACCGGUGCCAUCAAGCGCGAGGUGCGCGAGCUGGAGGAUCAAAUCGAGAGCGAAAAGGACCGCAACGUGGUUGCCAAUCUGGCGCAGAUCGAGCAGGAUCUCGGUGAGAUGCAACGGGAAAGCCGACGGCUGGAAGAGGCACUUCGACAGUACGAAGCUAUGGGCCGGAAUGGAAGCUAA